GGUGCGAUGGAGAGGCGCGGCCGCGGAGGGGGCGGUGCCCCCGGUACCGGCGGCGGGGGCGGUGGGGGCGGUAGCCAGCCGCCCGGCACGCCCAAGCGGGAGCGCAGGCCCAGCAUGUUCGAGAAGGAGUCCUAUGCACAGAUUUUAAGAGAGAGACUGAGAGAAUCAAUCCAUGAUGUCCAGUAUGUAGAGCCUCCCUUUGAUGACUCGAUCGCAGAUAUCGGUAAAGAGUGGAAGAGUGCCCUGGCCAAACUGAAGUUUGCCAAUUCAUAUAGGAUGGAGCCAAUGAAGAAAUUCCAAGCGCAUCCAGUAGAAACGAAAGUCCAGCAGAUUUUAACGCAAAGUCUUAAAGAUGUCAAAUAUGAUGAUAGAAUCUUCUCCUACUUGUCACUUGAAUUAGCAGACCGUAUAUUGUCAGCUGUCAAAGAAUUUGGGUACCACCGUUAUAAGUUCAUUAUAAAAGUAUUAUUUAUUCAAAAGACUGGUCAAGCAAUAAAUAUUGCCAGCAGAUGGAUCUGGGAUGUUGCGUGGGACAGCUGGGUUGCAGCUAAACAUGAAACGGAAAGUUACGUGGCGUUGGCCUUGGUGUUUGCUCUUUAUUGCGAAUAACUCCUUCCAUAUACAAAAGAGAGUUGGAGUCUCCACUUUUCCAAGAUGCCUGGAAGUUAGAGAUUUGUGAACCUCACAGUAGUGUUGAUUAGCUAUAUUUAUUCUCUCCCAGUGAAAGCUCUUAUUUGUGUUAUUUUAACAACGGGCAACAACUGCUUUUAUGUUUGUACUUACUAGUUGUUAUAUUUGUUAAGAUUCUACUCCCCCAAAGUGCGUGAUUGCUUAUAGCAGAUUAUAGAAUGUUAAGUUAUUUAUCUCUAUUGUUAGAUUUUAGACAAUUAAAAUGUGCCACAAGAAGUUA